CUGAAAUACAUAAUGAAUACAAAUCCUUUGCAAAAUGAACUAAGUUUGCCGACAACAGGAAAAUUUGAAUGGAUCGAUGAUAAAAACGAACUAGUGUUCAUCAAAUUUACAAAUCAAAAAUCACAAAAGUCUAUUUAUUCACGAAAGAAUCUCCAAAAGAAGAGUAAUAUUAAAAUCGUGAAUGGAAUUCGCAAAAUAACUAUAAAGGACGUAAAAUGUAAGUUUUAUAUUUUUCUACUGGAAAGACAGCUGUUGCUUUGACAAGACUAAAAGCUUCAGGCAAGAAUUUCCAGUAUUCACAACACUUUACCAAAAUGAUCAAGUCACCAGAGUGUGACAAACUACUGAUAAGUUUAGCGAAAUACUUGGAAUGUUAUUUCAAUAUAUUGAAAUUUGAAGAAAAAUUUGCGGAUGAAAAAUUAUUACCCACUAUAAAUCAGUUAAAGGAACAGGAGGAAUUACAUAUUCGAAUAGACUCAUUAAAAUAUGAUUUUUCACUUGACUACGCUAAAUUUCUAUUACUUGAACGAAGUCUCAUGUUUAAUACAUGUCCAAGACCGAUCGAUCCAAUAGCAACUUCAAAAACAGAUCGAAAUUUGUUUACAAGAUCAGAGAUGUUCAAUUCGCUUGGACGACAAGGAGCUUCUUAUUUUGGUCAAAAAGAUGAGUGUAAGAAUAUUAACAAAAUAUAUCAUACACAUUUACCCCGAGCAUCAAUGCUAAAUAAAUGCUCUCCAGCCUUAAGGCUUUUGUUACCUGAUGCAGCAGAAAACGUUUCUAGGAUUCACCCGAAUAAAACUGAAAAUAAUCAAAGAAAGAUACAUAUGAAUGAGAUUAAUGCAGAUGGAGAAAAUGAAAAGAUAGGUAUUCUUGGAGACUACCGACAUUUAUACGACGAUCAGCUAAUAUUGAAUAAAGAAACAGCUGAUAGUGACCAGACAAAGCCAGAAGACGAUAAUGAGGAUAAUGACGAAGCAAAUCAAAAGGAAGAUGACAAGAAAAGUGAAUAA